UGGCUGAUAAGCGAUACACCUGCGCAGUACCACGCCGGCCCGCGCCAACAAUGCACAUCAUAAUAAUAUUCUACCUCAUAUACAAAGUCGAUACCCUAUCAGUGUGUGACAGUGUGUGUGUUUGUAAAUACAACAACCAAAUAAGCGACGACUAUCAAGGCGAGACCGUCGAUUGUUCGUAUAAUGUCGGCAUUUUUGAUAAUAAUGUCAGUCUUCCGAAUAAAGUGCACUCCUUGGAUUUAUCGUUCAGCAAUCUGUCGCGCAUCGACUCCACGGCCGUGCUGCGUUCGAAAACAAUGCGCGAGUUAAUUUUAAACAACAAUGCCAUAACCGAUAUCGCUCCAGAUUCGUUUUCUUUGCCCGAGUUGAGGAAAAUCGAUUUGAGUUAUAACAGCUUGGAAUUUAUCGAUAAGGAAACGUUCAAAAACUUGAAGAAGUUGCAGUAUUUGAAUUUGGCGAAUAAUAAGUUUACAACGUUUGAGAAGUUAACGUUUCAUUAUUUGAGUAAUUUGAAUGAGAUAAUCUUGGACGGGAAUCGGAUUGGACCGAGUCUGGAAGAGGUAAAUUUGUUCGACCGAAGCGGGUUUGGACUGACGCAGAAGGUGCAAACGAUAAGCAUAAGUAGAGUAGGUUUAAACAUAGUUCCUGAUAAUUUCUUCGUCGACGCGUAUGAUCUCAGAAAACUUGUGAUCUCAGGCAAUAAGAUAACUGAUAUUUUCGAAAUUCCAUUCACAUUGGAAUACUUGGAUUUAUCUGAUAACCCUAUACAAGAAAUAUCAAGCGAAGAUUUUGCAGAUUUACCAGCUCUAAGAGUUCUCAAACUAAACAAUGUAUCCAUAAGAGAAGUACCUGAGUAUGUCUUCGAACCAUUACAUGCUUUAAGAACUUUAGAGUUAGAGAGAAAUAAGAAUUUAACUAUAUUUGAUAAGCUAGCUUUUGGAAGGGAUGUUCUUCAAGAUCCUAAUGAUUUUCUCCUCGAAAGAUUGUCUAUAAAAGGAUCCAGAAUAAAGAAACUGGAUAAAGAUCUGCUGGAUCCCCUUGGACAACUGAUCCAGCUGGAUCUCCAGGGUAAUCCGUGGAUAUGCGACUGUGACUUGGUUUGGCUAAAAGAACUGCAAAUAACAGAACAAUACUACGAACAUUUGAGGUGUUUCACACCAAAACCGCUAUACAACGCUCGUAUCUUCGAUUUAGACGCGAAAUACUUCACCUGCGGCGCCAAGAAGCGACAUGUCGGGGGAAUCCUUGCUAUAGUUUCCUUCUGUCUUAUACUCGCCACUCUUGCAAUAUGGAUAUUCCUGUUCUUACCAAAAUAUAUAUCUAGAGGGAACGUGAUACAGCAAAUGUACACCCCUUCUACAGCAUACAGUAUAUUGCCUAUGUCUGCGACUGUACACGAUUAUAGAAAUUAAUGCAAGGGAUUUGUCUAUUUUUAUGGUAGCAAUGUGGUAUUAUGCUCUUAUAUGAAGCAAAUUUAAACCUUGGAAAUCUAGGGAAAUGAGGCUUACAUCCAUUUCCAAAGAUGAAUUCAGUGCAGUGUGACUUGGUUUUUAACUUAACAUUUCGUUAUUCGGUUGUAUAAAAAGUUACAUUAUAUAUUUAUAUGUAAGUUUAGUAUAAGUAGGAAAAUGUCAUGACAGGGCUAUACUUUGUUAAAUAUUUAUAAAUAAAAUAUGUUGCCAUCAUAGAAUGAUGGAAGAAAAUAAAUUGUUUUUUAUAUAUUA